UUUUGUGAGGAAAAAGAAGAAAUCCAAAAUGAGUAAAUUUUGGUUUCUAUUAUUAUUGUCUACUAAUUUUACAAUUUUUUUCGUAGUCUGUAAUAUUAGUAAUAAUGAUUCAUUAAAAAUUGAAAAAUACGAGUUACAAAAAUUUUUAAUCGAGAUUGCCGAUAAUAUUAAAAAUAUCGUCGAUACUGGCCUUGUUGUUUAUGAAAAACUUGAUGAAUAUCUUCUCAGCACAUCCAACGGCAACAAUGAAAUUGAUGAAUUUUAUUCAAUUUAUAAAAUGACAUUAAAUUCUACAUAUAUUGUGAUAGAUUCUCUACAAACAUUUUUGGAAUCAUUAAAUUCUUCACUAAAUAUCAAUGAAAAGGAAAUGUUUUUACAAAAAAUCAAAAUGAAGCUUAUUCAAAUUCAAUUUACAGCUGUUAAUUCACCAAUAUAUUUUUGGAAAAAGGAAUAUUCGCUAAUUAAUGAAGAAAGUUAUAGUGUAGAAUUAGGAAAUUUAUUAAAAGCCGAUAUGCAACAAAUAGUAGAUGCAGCAAACAAGAUUGUGGAUAUUUCAAGAAGAAAGGAUCUUGAUUUAAUAGAAAAUUGUAAGAUUUUUUUAAAUUUUAUAUUAUCACAUACUAGACAACAAUUAAUUCCUACAUUAAAUGAACUUUAUCAAAUAAAAACUAGUGAAAUAUCAUCUGCAAUUAAAAAAAAGCUACGACAUUAAAUUUUUCAUUUAUACCAGUACACAA